GGUGAUGACCAGGCCAAGGGAGGGCACAGGUGGUGUGAUGGAAGGGCUGGGCAGGGGUUGGGGGAGGCAGUGUGGGGAUGGCUGUGCCAUCGAGGGGGUGGACUGCAGGAAGGUAAUGAGGGGCUGGGGUAGUUAGAGGGUGAAGAGGGAUGGAGUGACUUCAGGGGCUGGGGUUUGGAUUCAGGACAGUGUGGGAGAGGAAGAGCUGGUAUUGGGGUAACAAUACUUGGUGAAUGUGGCUUGUCAGUGAGAUUUUUGGGACUGCAGGUGGGUCGGGGGGAGGGUGUAGGUGCCGGUGCUUCUGCAGGGUAGGAUAGGGCUGAACUUGUUCCUGUCAAUUCAGCACCUUUGGAUGAACCAUUGUUGGCAAACUAGCUUCUUCUAGAAACCACCACUGAUGUGGGGUAUGCAUUCUGUACAGGAUUUUGAUGCAGGUGAAUGUCCGAAGAGUGUUAUGACUUCAAAGAUCUUUUUUGGCUGUUGUCCGUUGGGCCAUAAAAAGAGAUGGCUACAGAAGCCAAGUACAGCAUUGUACGGGAAGUGGGCCGAGGGAGCUAUGGGGUAGUUUAUGAGGCAGUUGUCAGUCACACCAGAAACAAAGUGGCAGUGAAAAGGAUGCAGUGUAAUGUACCUGAAAAUGUGGAACUGGCUUUGCAAGAGUUCUGGGCCCUGCAAAGUGUCCAGAGCCAACAUGAGAAUGUAAUCCAAUUAGAAGAGUGUAUCUUGCAGAGUGGCCAAGUCUUUCAGACAAUCAGCUGCCAAUACAGAAAAUCAGACAAUCAUCUGCUGCUGAUUGAGACCUGUCUGAAAGGGAGGAGAUGCAUGGAUCCCAAGUCUGCCUGUUUUCUUUGGUUUGUGAUGGAAUUCUGUGAUGGUGGAAACAUGAAUGAUUUUUUGCUGUCUCGCACUCCAGACUCUCAGCUGAAUAAUAGCUUCAUGCAGCAGCUGAGCAGUGCUGUUGCUUUCUUGCACAGAAAUCAGAUUGUCCACAGAGACCUGAAGUCAGAUAAUAUUCUUAUUUCCCAUAGCCCUGGAGGUCCUGUAGUAAAGGUAGCAGACUUUGGCUUGAGUAAGAUAUGCCAGGCGAAGGUGAAUGUGAACCAGCAUUGCUUCUCCUCAGCCUGUGGGUCAAAUUUCUACAUGGCACCAGAAGUGUGGGAAGGUCGCUAUACUGCCAAAGCUGAUAUCUUUGCCCUUGGGAUCAUUUUCUGGGCUAUGGUAGAGAGGAUUACCUUCAGGGAUGGAGACUCUGAGAAGGAAUUGCUUGGAACCUACAUCUGUCAAGGCAAGGAGCUGAUACCUGUUGGGGAGGCACUGCUGGGGAAUCCCAAUAUGGAACUGCAGAUUCCUCUGAAGAACAAGAAGUCCAUGCCAGCUGAUCUCUGCAGACUUCUGCAUGACAUGUUAAUGUUUAACCCAAAGGAAAGACUGGAUGCCUUCCAACUAGAAAUUCGAAUAAGGAGAAUCUCUUAUGGGAAAAAGCGCCAGUACUCAUAGCAGCAGGGUGUGAUCAGGAUGGUGUCUGUACUGGGCUAGUCUCACUUCAAACUUGCAGUCCUAACUGUCAAUGUUUACUGUAUUAGCUUAAAUUCAUUCCUGAGAUUGGGGUGUUUUUAUCCCCCUUUUUAGUUUGAUUGCACCCUUCAUGGUCAGGCUAGCUGCUCAACAGGAGGAAUAUUUUGGGUUCAGUAUAUUGUAUGCUGAGCAGUUACCACUCAUGGGGGCCACACUUUUGUAGGUAAUAGAACUGGAGAUAAGAAACCAGUCUUAAAUUCACCUAUUUUGCCUUAAUAAGCACCCGAAUGUGUGGAAAAACCCAUUAUAUUGCUGUGUUGCUACACUUUCCUGUUGUGGGUACACCCCAAGAGGCCGUGUCUGGCACUCUCUUGUGUGUUAGACAAAUGUAAACUAGGUUAUGCAAUAAAAAGGUGACUGUUACAUUGGAGCCAAGAGACCUAUCAGGUUAGGGGCUAUGUUGUACUAGGCAAGAUGCUGUACAAAAACAGGUGGAAUUCUGCCUGAAGCUGCCUUUCCAAACAGGCCUCGAUCCUGAAAUAGAAUAUGCUACAAGGCAUCCCUGUGUGAUUCCUGAGCCCCUAUGAAAACCAUGCUGCUUAUGAGGUCUGACUUGUGUUUACAUUUGGAAAUCUUGGCCCUAAUCCCUGCAUGACAUUCAGAGUAUUUUAGUUUGUUUUGGAGAAUAGCCAGUAGUAGCAAGCUUUGUUAAAAGCUCAAGUGUGCACAGUACAGAUUUCAGGAAUUCUUUGUCAUGUCUUGUAUGUUGCAGAAAGCUUUUAGUAGGUUGGUGACCAAAACACUUCUUUCUGUUGCAAAUUAGGCUAAUUCUCUAAUUGCUACCUCUAUUUGUCAGUUAUAAGACUAUUCUCUAUUGUAGGCUGCAGAAACAUUGGUAGAAAUGAGCUGCAAUAGAGACUGAUACCAAACUUUAAAAGACUAUCAGUUGCCUUUCUUGCAUCCUUUCCUCAGCAAUGAAAAUGCCAGCUUGCUUACUGAAAAAUACUGCACACUCUCGUACUGCAGCACUGUUGCCUGUUAUGAUUGGUAAUCAUAACUUUUGGGGGGGGGGAGGGGGAGAAAAAAAGCAAGCUGAGCACUGUUGUGCCCAGCAGUACGCUAGCUAUCAGAUCAGUGUUGGAUUGUUUACUGUCACUUAACACUGCAUUUUUAAGCUAAUGGAUGUGAUGUUGGUGUCAAGACCUCUGACAGGUUGGAGAGGUGGUACUAGAGCUGUACACAAACUGGUGGGAUUUCUGCAUAAAGGAUGCUGUAGAAGACUGUCAUACUGACAUUUCCAUGGUGGUCAAUGUUUCUAACAGUAAAUCUGGAGCCUGAUGUCCCCUCUGAAUUACAGGUACAGCAGUGGCAGUGCAAGUUUCCCCACAAAGCAGCAUAUGGCUGUCUGUCACCUGUUUCAGGAGUGUUCUCUGAGACAACAGGAUAGCUCACUUCAUAAGUGUUCCUCUGAACCAGUGCAAUGGUGGCUAAGCUAUGUUGAAAGUUGUACCCUAGGCAUAGGUCUUAACCAAUAACUGGUCAUUAGAUGAUAAGCUUUCAGUUACUGCUAGUCUAGGCUCGAACUGAAAUUGAAUCUCCUUGCUAAAAUGUCAUCUGAAAUAAUCCUUGUUCCUUAGAAUGCUAGUCUAAUUAAAAUCUUUCUGAAAGUUGUGGUGGUGAGAUCUUUGAUUCUGACUGGCUUCUUCCAUGGGUCCUAUGUUUCAUUGUUGCUGUCACAUAGGAAUACUGACCAAUACCUUGGAAUGCUCUUUGGAUGAAUGGUUCUACCCUGAGAAACUGGGUAGAAUUAAUCCUUCUUGCUUCCCCUUUGCCCCAUGGUUGUAUAUAAAGGAACCAUUAUUUAUUUAUAUAGUAAUUUUAAUAUGCAAGGCCUAUAUAGGUAACCCAUUUUUAAUGGAAUAUUGCAGACUGAUCCUUCCUCCGUUGCUAUUCUACAAGUGUUGUUGGUGAGUGGGGCUGCCAGCCUUAUCAACUUGGUGGCUGUGCUCAAAAGUGUUCCUUCCAGGAUAACCUGUCCUUGGUACAGCAGGUGGAAUUGCCUUGUGCAGUGCUUAGAGCUUUUCAUGUAUUUCCUUCAUUCCAUGGUACUUGACCAUGUAACUAAAAACUGACUGUUUCUGAAGAAAUUGGUUUAGUUUAUCCAGAAACAAUGUGUUUUCAUCACAGUAGUUUGUGAAUAUUCUUGCCUAGAUGAAUGGAAAUGCAUUCUUAAACACAAAGAGUAGGAUACCACAUUGUUAGAAUAUGUGCAUCAGCAGUUUAAGUAGUUUAGACUAAAGUUGCCUGCUGUUAAAAUGGCUGGCACAAAACCACUGAUGAUGGGGGGGAGGGGGGGGAGGAAUGGUGGUGUUGAAAUGAAAAGGACUGAACUGGAAUAAUUGCAGGUAAACAGGAAUGCUCUAACUUUCAAUUUGUCUGAAAAUGGUUAAUGUGUCUGUAUGAAGUGGGAUUGAUAUCUUACUCUUUCUAAAAGCCUUUCUUCCAGGAAGGUAACCAACUAGCUUAGCCCUAGUUUUCCCUCCACUGCUCUUCUCAUCCUAAGCUCUAUUUUAACUUUGGUUUGGAGGUGGGCUACAGUAUCUUUGGGCAAUUCAUUCCUGUCCCAUAAAACUGACAGUCAGGGGCUCUAUUCCAUCUUCCUCUUCUAGUCUGUGUAGACCUAUGCCGUACUAGAGACCUAGUCAACACACAAGCAUGUUGGGAGGGAGAGACCUGCUUCCUUCUCCCAAAAUGGCACUGUUCUUUAGAUUGGUAACUGAUGUGAAAACUUCACAAUAGCACUAUAUAUGAAGAGACCAGUGCUUGGAAAUAAUAGCAAAAUUGUUUGACCUGUCUUUUUUUUUUUUUUUUUUAAAUUAAUCUCUGGACCUUGUCCCUCUCCUGUAGAUGCAGUAGCUAUUUGUAUCCAUUUCUCUAUCCCAUCCUCUCUUCCAUUCUAGCACACAGCUCUGACUGCAGUGUAAAGUUCUGCAGUCUCUCACCUGAGAUUCUAGUAGAACUUUCUCUACAAUAUAAUCCAUGAUACCUAUGCCUACUCAUUUUUUUUGGGAAGCCCUAGAGGGCUGCACAGAAGUGGAGAAUUCCCCCAUGGCUUGGUGAUGCCUACCACUGUAAAAUGCUGCACUUCUUGUAGACUUGGUAUCUGAGCUCUAGCUGUAACCAUCAAAUAACAAAUGAAUAUUCAAUAUCACCAAUCACAGCUUCUGCAAGAACUCCCAGCCAGAACUCUCCUUUAUAAAAUGUUUGGGAGGGAGGAGAGGGAAAACCUUCAAUCUUCUAACAAAUUUCAUGCUGGUGGAAGUUGCUGGCCUGGAUGUUAGAAUAAAUGUUUGCACUCCUCUCUACAUGCUGCCCAGACAAGUACAUUAGUUAGAAUAACAAUUGGUUCUUUCCAGGUGGUUCAACAUUGCUCAGAGGGAUAGUUAGACAGGCUCAUGCAGCUGAGAAUGAGUCUGGGAUGUUGGUUUUAAUGACAGGAUUCUUCUCCAAACAAUGACAUUAUUUAUGCUUUGGCCUAUUCUUCUGCCAAUAAAAUAUUGCCCAAUUUUACUACUUGCUGGUGUGAGACUCAAGUUAAGUAGAUCUCAUGAUAUUUCUUAGAAAAUAGUACAAGCUGACUUUUUUUCCCUGUUAACCACCUUUAGGCUACACAACUGUUCAACCUGCUUUUAAGAAAUUUAAAAUGUAUUUGUUUGUCAUACUUUUUUCCAUGUUCUCUAGGCUGUUAUAUUUGUGUGUGCUUUUGUUACCUCAGACUCUGUAUCUUUAUUUUAAUAAAAGGUUUCUAUGCAA